AUGCGCGGAUUUCCCCACCACCGCCGCCGCCGUCGUCGCCGCCUCAGCGGCCGGGCGAGGCGGCCGCCGCUGUUGCGUCACUUCCGCCCGCCGAUGACACGCCCCUUCCGGCUCCGCCCUUUGCCCUCGUUCCCCGGCGGGGCCGGGCCGGGCGAGGCGGCCGCCGCUGUUGCGUCAACUUCCGCCCGCCGAGGACACGCCCCUUACGGCUCCCGCCCCUUUGCCCUCAUUCCCCCGGCGGUCUUCCGGCGGGGCCGGGCGCGCUCGCGCGAACCCCACACACACCCCAGCCUCGCGCCCGGGCGCGCAUGCGCCGAUCCACCCGCCUCGCGCCCGGUGCGCAUGCGCGGAUCCCCCCCCCUCGCGCCCGGUGCGCAUGCGCAGAUCACCCCCACGGCCUCGCGCCCAAUGCGCAUGCGCAGACCCCGCAAACAGGACGGAGCCGGCCGGAGGGAGGGCGGGCGGGAGGGCGGGCGGCCCCCGGUCCGUGUGCCCGCCAACCCCCGGCCCGGGUGCCCGCGGGCGGCCCGGGAGAUGCUGUGGGCGCUGGUCCCGCUCCUGUGGGCGGGGCUCGGGCGGGGAGCCCCCCCAGGGGCCAGGCCGGGGGCCAGGCCAGGGGCCAGGCCAGGGGCCCAUGCCCGGGCCGGGAGCCCCCCGGGGGGUCCCGGGGAGGGGGCUGCUGGGGCGGCCCUUGGCCUUCCUGCGCUGGGGGGGCCGGCCGGGGGCCUGGCCCGGGCCCCUGCCGGGCCCGCUUCGAGGCGGUGGCUCGGCGGGGUCCCGGGGGGUCCCCGGGGGUCCCCGGGGCCCCGGUGCCGCGGGCCCCUAAGGGGGGCGGCGGGCAUGGUGUCCCUGGCCGCCAACGUGCUGAACCUGCUGCUGCAGGCCAACGAGCUCCGCGAGGCCAGCCUGCCCGACGACGCCGACUGGUACCAGGCGCUGGUCCGGCUGGCCGAGGGCCACCCCCGUGCCCACCGGGCGAGGCUCGCCUUCCACCCCGCGCCCGGGGCCCGGGCGGCCCGGGGCCCCAGCCUGCUCCUGCAGGCCUCCGAGCCCGGAGGGGCCCUGCUGCUGCGCGACCUGGCAGUCGAGGGCACCGGGGAGGGCAUCGGGGAGGGCACCGAGGAGGGCACCGGGGAUGCCCCCCGGGCCUCCACCCUGCACCACCGCCUGCUGACCAACGACCUGACCAGCCUGCGUAGCCCCAAGUGGCCCCACGGCCACAGCUACCUGGGCGACGCGGAGCGGGUGCGGGCCGGGCCGCCCUUCCUGGAGUGCCAGGGCGGACGCUUCCUGCCCCGCUGGCUCCUCACCCUCAGCGCCCCUUUCCACGGGCUCCGGCCGACCUCACCCCCGGAGCCAAGGGGGUGGAUCCAGAUGGAUGUGGACCUACGGGACGUGACGGUUGACCAGUGCACCCCGGGGCCAGGCUGGCUCGCCGGGACCCAUCGGUGUGACCCCCAAACCACCCAGUGCACCCCGCUGCGGACCCACGGCUUUGCCCUGGGCCGCUACGUGUGUCUCUGCCGUCCGGGCUUCUACGGGGCCGGCCCGCCCCUCGACGUGGGGCCAGAGGACAACUCCACUCCGGCCCCAGGCUGGUACGGGGCGCCGGGGUCGGCGCCGCUGGUAGCCUGCCGGCCCUGCCCAGAGGGUUGUGCCAACUGCACGGAUGGCACGCCUUGCCUGGCGCAGGAGGACCGGGCGCUGCGGGCGGCGCUGCUGACCUGCCAGGGCGGCUGCGUGCUGGCCGUCUUCGCCUGCAUGCUCCUCUCCUACCGCUACCGCUGUAGCAAGAGGGUGCGGGCGUCGGGACUGCUUCCGCUGGAGAUCAUUCUCUUCGGCUCCUUGCUUCUCUACUUCCCCGUGUUCAUCCUCUACUUCAAGCCCAGCGUAUUCCGCUGCGUGGCACUGCGCUGGGUGAGGCUGCUGGGCUUCGCCACCGUCUACGGCACCGUCACCCUCAAGCUGUACAGGGUGCUGCGGAUGUCUCCGUCGCGCCCGGCCCAGCGGGGCGUCCCCGGGACCAGCGGGCGGCCGGUCCACCGGCUGGCCCUCCUCCUGCUGCCCGCGCUCUGGUUCCUGGCGGCCUGGACGGCCGGCACGCUGGACCAGAGCGCCCGCCCCGGCCCGGCGGCCCUCGUGGUGGCGGGGCGGACCUCCGCCGGCCGCCUCUUCUACCUCUGCGGCCUGGACCGCUGGGACUACAUGAUGUCCGUGGCAGAGCUGCUCUCCCUGCUAUGCGCCAGUGCCCUGAGCUGUGCCACCUGGGCGGUGCCCUCGGCCUUCAGGGAGCCCCGCUACUUGGCCGUGGCCCUACACAACGAGCUGGCCACCUCCGCGGCUUUCCACCUGGCCAGGUUUGUCCUGGUUCCGUCACUGCACCCGGACUGGACCCUGCUGCUCUGCUUCGCCCACACCCACAGCACCGUGACGGUGACCCUGGCCCUGCUCUUCGUCCCCAAGUUUCUGCACGUGGGGACGCCCCGGCCCGAGCAGGCGGGAGCCGAGGUGAUGGAGGAGGAGCUGGACCCGCGGCCCCCGGCCUCCCGCCUGGACAGCAGCAUCACGUCCGACUGGAGCCACCUCAGCCUCGACCCCGGCGACAUGCGCGCGGAGCUGAAGCGGCUGUACCGGCGGCUGGAGGGGCACAGGACCCGAAGGAUGGAGGCGGGAAACCCGCACCUGCCCACCAGGACCGAUGCCCGCCGCAGCCUGGGCCGCUCCCUGCUGCGCCGGGAGGGAUCCAAGGAGCGGCAGCGGGAGCAGGAGCGGGAAGAGCGGGAGCAGGAGUGGGAAAAUCGGGAGCAGGAGGAGGCCCGGGUAUGCGGCCCCCCGAUGCCAGCCCUGAUGCCAACCUCCAUGCCAACGCUCUCCAACUGGGCCAGCGCCUGCCCCCUGGCGGCCGCCCGACGCCAAGCCGACCCGCGCCGGCCUCGCAGCGCCCCUAGCGGCCGCCGCUUUCCCUGGCACGUCCGCAGCGCCCCUAGCGGCCGCGGCGCGCACCACGUCCGCAGUCCUCCCAGCGCCCGCAGCGCCCCUAGCGGCCGCCGCUUUCCCUGGCUCCGCAGCGCCCCCAGCGUCGGCAGUUUUCCAAGCGCCCACAACGUCCGCAGCUCGCCCAGUGUCCGCAGCGCCCGCAACGUCAGCAGUUUCCCCAGCGUCCGCAGCGCCCCUAGCGUCCGCAGCGCACUCAACGUCCGCGGUUCUCCCAGCGGCCGCAGCGCCCCUAGCGGCCGCAGCGCGCACAACGCCCGUAGUUCCCCCAGCGUCCGCAGCGCCCCUAGCGGCCGCCGCUUUCCCUGGCUCCGCAGCGCCCCCAGCGUCAGCAGUUUUCCAAGCGGCCGCAGCGCCCCUAGCGGCCGCAGCGCGCACAACGCCCGCAGUUCUCCCAGCGUCCGCAGCGCCCCUAGCGGCCGCCGCUUUCCCUGGGUCCGCACUGCCCCCAUUGUCGGCAGUUUUCCAAGCGCCCACAACGUCCGCAGUUCUCCCGGCGUCCGCAGCGCCCCGGGCGUCCGCAGUUCUCCCAGUGUCCGCAGCGCACACAACGUCAGCAGUUUUCCCAGCGUCCGCAGCGCCCCUAAUGUCCGGAGUUCUCCCAGUGUCCGCAGCGCCCCUGGCGUCCGCAGUUUUCCCAGCGUCCGCAGAGCCCACAACGUCAGCAGCUUUCCCAGCGUCCACAGCGCCCCUAGCGUCUGCAGUUUCCCCAGUGUCCGCAGCGCGCACAACGUCCGCAGUUUUCCCAGUGUCCGCAGCGCCCCUAGCGUCCGCAGCGCACACAACGUCCGCAGUUUUCCCAGCGUCCGCAGCGCCCCUAGCGUCCGCAGCGCGCACAACGUCCGCAAUUUUCCCAGUGUCCGCAGCGCCCCUAGCGUCCGCAGCGCCCCCGGCGUAGGCAAUUUUCCCAGUGUCCGCAGCGCCCCUAGCGUCCGCAGCGUCCACAACGUCCGCAGUUUUCCCAGUGUCCGCAGCGCCCCUAGCGUCCGCAACGUCCGCAGUUUUCCCAGUGUCCGCAGCGCCCCUAGCGUCCGCAUCCCCCCCAGCGCCCUUGGUGCCCUCGGUGCCCUUGGUGCCCGUGGUGCCCUCGGUGCCCUCGACGUCCAACCCCGGGCCCCACCGUUGACCCACCGGGAUCCCCGACAGGACAGCGGCAGCACACAGAGAAGACCCCACUCGGCACCCCCAGAGGCCCUCCGGCCACCCGGCGGCUCCCCGCCGGAGCCCCGGAGCCCCAGCCUCGACGGCCACGGGUGGGUGACCCCUGGCGUGCCCUCCGGCCUGGCACCGGGCAGCCCGGGGUCUCCCCCAGAGGUCCCGGCCAUGGGGACCCGGGCAUCGGCCCCAGCUUCGCCCCCAGGCCCAGACCUGUUCGCUUUCAUCUGCCCGUGGGAGAGUGGCGUCUCCGGGGAGGUCGGGGCCGGACCCCCGCCUCUGCCGCCAACGCCCCGGCGGGCUCUGUCCGCCGCUGCCGCCGGCCCUGAGGGAGAGGGGAGGCCGAGGACCCUCCCCAAGUCCCAGAGCUUGAAGGCGACCGUCCGUGGGGCGUCUCUGCGGGGCCUGGGUCUGAUGCUGAAGGCGCUAGGCCGGAGCCGGACCGGCUGCCCGGGCCAGGGGGCUGGAGGGGGAGAAGCCGCCGGGGGGGAAGCUCCGGGGGCUCCUCCCCACACUCCAGGGACCCCGCGAACCCGGGAGGGUGACCACCACGACAAGGAGGACAGGCGCCAGCUGGCCAGCCGGGACACGGUCGAGAGCGGCGGGGCAGCCGGGGGUCCUGUCCUCCCGCUGGAGAGAGCCCGAGAUUCCCCCAGGCCCAGGGAGGCGGGGGCCGCAGAAGGCAUCUGCCAGCCGCCCUCCAGGGGCCCCGAUUGGCCCAGGGCCGGGAGUCAGGCGGCCACCGGCCCGGUCCCCUGGAAGGCGGAGGUGUGUCCGUGGGAAGCGUCCGGCGGGCGAGCCGACGUCUGUCCCUGGGAGGAGUACGAGGGGUCUUGGGGGACGAGGGCCCCCACCCCAGGCAGGAGCCCCCGCCACCAUCCGAGGGGGACUCCCAGCCAGGAGUCACCUGAUGAAGCGGGGAAGGAGGGGCCGGGCCGGGACCCCGUCUGCCCCUGGGAGAGUUCGGCCGACCCGGGAAGCCCCCGUGGCCCACCGCCUGUGAAGUCCCGGGCUCGGGGCAGCGGCCCUCUGCCGCCGCCGGACGGCACGGACCGCUGGAAGGCGGAGGUGUGCCCGUGGGAAGCGUCCGGCGGGAGAGCGGACAUCUGUCCCUGGGAGGAGAGCGAGGGGGCCGCGGUUCCCGAGCCCGCCACGGGCCAGGGCCUGAGGUGGGCCCGGCCGAAGGGGGUGGCGGGGACCCCCGGUAGGGCCGGGAGGCUGGUCCGGGCGCGGGAGGCCGUCUGUCCCUGGGAGACAGUGGAUGUGGGAGAUGACGGAGACCCAGGGGCCGAGGGGCACCCGGGACAAACGUGGGGUACAGAGGGCCACCCUGCCCCCGGAGGGACGGGAUCCCGGAGCCCAGGGCCCCGGCCUGCCGGGGAGGCCAGGGCCGAAUCCCUCCCGGCGUCUGAAGGGAGACGCCCCCUGCUCGCCAGCCCCCAGGCCGCUUCCUCACUCCCAGGCAGCGAGGUCGGCUGGGCCUGGAGUCCGAAGCCCGGGCCCGCCACCACCUAGCAGCUCCGGUGCUCCCGACCCCCAUACUAGAGCAACCAGAGGCCCCCACCGCCCCUCCCCAUAGGCGACCUAUCCUCCAUCACCCAACCGGAGCGGGAGGGCUCAGGCUCCCGACGCCCCCGGCCCAACGUCCCGAGCCCCGGCCGUUGUCGCCGCCCCGGCUCUGAGCCGGGUCCGUCCGCUUGCUGCCCGGGGAUCCGCGGCGACCAAAGGGCGGCAGAGGGACUGAAGCCAUGUGGCCCCCAAAGAAACGUGUACAAAAGACACAUUAAAACCUCCAGCUCUCCACCGUUUCAGCUGCCCUGGUCCCCGCCGGACAGGGGGUGGGUCAGGGCCCGGGGCCUGGCACCGAGGGGACUUUUGGCGGCUCUCGGCAGAGCGAGACUAAGGCGGCUGGGGGGAGACAGGUGGAGCAGAGCCCAUCGCCUGGGCCGACUUAGGGGCAUUUCCCCCUUUUGACGACCACGUGUUCUCCAUUGUCCUUCUCUCCCAACUCCAAGCCAGCCCCGAGCCCGCCCCCGUCCCUCUGCUCUCAUCCCAGGACUGCUGCAACAGCUGGGCUGUGAUGCCCACGUCCCCCAACUGACUCAGCCUGGCUUUAGGAGGGACUCAGUGCCCCCUCCCUGAGGGCUGGGCGGCCGCCUCAGACCCCUCUCCCCCCAACCGCACCCCUCGAAGGGGCACCGACCCAGUCCUCCAAACACACCCGGCCCCCCGAACGCGCCCAUCCCCAAGCUACACAAGACGCCUCCAAAAGACGGGGAU